CCUUUGAAGGAGUUUAUUUGUGGUGGUUCAAUGCAGCAAGUUUUACAGCAUUGUCUGGAAACUUGUCGUGUCGUGUGUAAAACAUCAGUACAGCAGUGUAUAGCAUUCAGAGAGCUGCAUGUGAAGGAGGCAGUGUUUGUCUUUGAAAUUGGGUAUAAAGACGUUGCUGUAAAGACGUUGUGGUACUAGAUGCUUAAGUUUGUAAAAGGGUGUGUCUUCUGAGGCUUUCAUGUGAUGAGGCAUUUUUAUGUAGCAGUGAGCACCAAAUAUGUGCUCAUGUAAUGAGCUAUAUUUUGUUUGAGAUGUGACAAAAACACAUUUUAAACUGUUUUGUGUGGGAGAAGUAAGCAAGUCUUCAAAAUAUUUUUAGCACAACUGCAUGCCAUAGUGAGUGUAGCAUAUGCACAGCAUGUCUCUACGCACUGAGCUUCUAAAGUCUGUGUGGUAUGCCUUUACAUCGUUGGAUACAGAGAAAAGUGGAAAAGUUUCCAAAUCCCAGCUAAAGGUGCUGUCACACAACCUAUAUACUGUAUUGUGUAUCCCUCAUGACCCUGUGGCUUUGGAAGAUCACUUUCGUGAUGACGAUGAUGGGCCUGUAUCCAGCCAAGGAUAUAUGCCUUAUUUGAAUCAAUACAUACUGGAUAAGGUAGUAGAAGGAACCUUUGUGAAGGAGAGCUUCCAUGAAUUAUGCUGGACCUUAACAGCAAAGAAAAACUACCGUCCAGUGCAAACUUCACUAUCUAACAGAGAUUCCUUUCGUCUAUGGUGUCUCUUUAACUACCUUUCAGAAGAUUCCUACCCUGUCAUCAUGGUUGCUGAUGAGGUGCAGUACCUUCUGCAAAAGCUGAUUUCUACAGCACGAAUGGAAGUGACAGAAGUAGAGUUGGGAGACGUUUUAUCUUCAUUGAGCCCUGUGGUCUCUGUUUGGGAGUUUCUUCAGUUGAUGACAUCCCCAAAAGUCUUAAAGGGCAUGAGUACUGAAACUCUAAGCAUAGCAAUUCAGGACUUGUAUGAAGAGGUGAUUCAGGAUGUUCUGAAACAGGGUUACCUACUGAAGAAGGCUAACCUGCGAAGAACAUGGACAGAGCGAUGGUUCAUUCUCAAGCCAACUUCUUUGUGUUAUUAUCUGAGUGAGGAAUGUAAGGAAAGAAAAGGAAUCAUAACAAUAGAUAAAGACUGUGGUGUGGAGAUUCUGCCUGACAGAGAUGGAAGACGCUGUAUGUUUUGUGUAAAAACAACUGCAAAAACUUAUGAAAUGAGUGCAUCUGACACCAAACACCGUCAAGAAUGGGUGACAGCGAUCCAGACUGCUAUUCGUCUCCAGCAGUCUGGUUCCAUAUCACUACACAGAGAGCUUCAGAAGCGUCGCAGAGAACAGAGAGAGCAGCGUGAACAAAGGAGAGCAGCAAGGGAGUUGGAGAUGCAAAGACUAGCAGAACUACAAAAUGAAAGAGAAAGGCAGCAGCAGGAGCUAGAACAGCUGAGGGAAGCACAGAAGAGAGCUGAGGAAAUCAUGCUACAGGAACAGCAUAGACACAGGGAGCAACAGGAAGAGAUGAAGAGACAGCUUGAGUGUCAGUUAAGAGAGGCAGAAGAGAAACGUGCCUCAAUGCAAGCUGAAAUGCAACUAAAGGAGACUGAGGGUUUGCAGCAAAGACUAAGGAUCCAAGAGUUGGAGCAGUUGCAAGAACACUUAGAGGAAGCACUGGCGCAGGAGAUACGAGCACGACAUGAUGAAGAGGCAUACAGGCAUGCUCAAGCAAAGCUGUUGAUGCAAGAAGAGGAAAAGCUAAGGGUACUACUAAGGAUGCGUGAAGAACAGACACAUUAUGUAGAGAAAGCACAGAAGGAGAAACAAGAGCUACAACAGGAAAUGACAGUAAAGAGCAAAGAACUACGGGAAGCCCAGAAGCAACUUGAAGAUGUGAGGGAAAACAGAGAAAGAGCAGAUAGGGACGUACAGGUGGCUCAAAGGAAGCUUCGCCAGGCCAGUACAAAUGUUAGACAUUGGAACAUCCAGAUGACCAGCUUAAUGCAUCCUAUAUCCCCAUCAGUGAAGCGUAAUGUUCCUGGAAGUGGAUUUCAGGGAUUAUGGGCCAUGCCUCUCACACGUCGAGAUUCAUCUCUUAAACGUCUGCAGACACUGGAUGGAGAAGGCCAUACACACCCAGCAGGAGAAAAUGUUGAAACUCUUCAUUAAGCUUUGAAGAUGCAACAUUAUCUAUUUGUGACACAUGAAAGUGAUUUAUGUUUACAUGUACAUGAAUUUAAGCAGUUUCUAUAAAUACGUCAUAGUAACAUGACUGCUCUGCAAACAUGAUGGAAUCUUAUAAGACAGAAAACCCCCCAAAAAGAACAAUAUUGUAUAAAUCAAAACAAAAAGUAACAUUUCCCAAAACAAUAUGGUUGCAUUGUGCAUCUUAUCAAAUUAAAUCAUGUACCUAUCUAGUGCAGCUAUUGUACUCACAGUACAAUCACAAUCAGUAUUAAAAAAACCACAGAAAAAAAUACUUUUUACACUAUUAUUUAGGUAAAACAUUUUUUGGUAGCUUCAUAAUAUGACCCUUAAUUAUACCACCCAAUGCCUGGGUCAUAGGUAACUCAAUGUCCUGAGCAGUAUGCAAAACCAUGCUGCAAGAUCCUAGUUGUACAUGUGUGCUGAUUGUGGUGAGUGCCUUACAUUGAUGGGUAUUGCAAACCAGAAGUGCCAGAAAACCAGAAGGUAUAUACUGAGGGACAAAAAAGUUAUAAUUUAGGGGCAGAUUUAUUACAGAUCAAACUCAGGAAUCCAAAAUCAAUUCAAGCAGUUCAGUAUUUUUAUUCUUUUGAACAAUUUUUAAAUUAACAAUUGCAAAAUGAAAAUACGCAGAAGAGGAGUGUUACUAGUUCAAAAACAAUGCAAAAAUCUUUGGACCCUAUUAAUUAAUGCCCUUGAGUAUUAAAGAUGAAGAACUACACUAUAAUCUCUAGAUUAAUAAUUAAAUAAAUAGCUUCCAGGUUUUUAUACACUUUUAACUACACAACAAUUGACUGCUGGCCCUUACUGGUGCCCACUGACAUUGAUUGCUACAACCAAGAUUUUCCACAUUCAUAUAUUCUCGAUCUUACUUCCAAAGAGAGAAAGCAGUUGCAUAUUUUUAAAUAUCAAAUACAUAAAAUCAUGUUUAAAUAUAUUGAAUAGUGAUGACAAAUCUGUCCUAUUUCUCUUCCCCAAAAAUAAGAAAAACGACGACAAAUACGCAAAAUGCAGCUAUUGCCGCAACCAUUUUUUUUACGUGACUGUGACCUUUCAGACGCAGCCACAAUACAGAAUUUUGCAGCAUACCAUGGCUGCCGACAAAAUUCUCUCAUCACUAAAGUUGAAUAGUAUUUGCCACUUAGAUAGCCCAGUCACCAGUUUGUUGUUUCCAAGUAAGAAUUAUAUAUUCUACAUGAAUUAAAUCAUUUUGCAUAUUUUUUUUAGAAUUGGAAAUACAGAACACCAAAAACCCUACAGAACACUUAUUAGAAACUUAGUCCAAUUAGAUACAGCAUCAUUGUCCAACUUCCUUCUUUCUAAAUCAUAAAAAUAAAGUACAUUUUUUUCACCAUGCUGAUGACUAAUUUUGCCACAGACAUCCAAUCACAAUGGUUCCAUAGAAUUUAUUCAGUUAGGUGUUGACUGAAACUCACAGGUGUAAGAAAGUAUUUAUCCAGUCACAAUGGUAUCAUAAUUCUUAUUGAGACAGGUGUCAGUCUUUCAAAGUACAUGACUGGAUCAGGGUCAGACUGGGCCGCUGGGACACCGGGAAAAAUCCCGGUGGGCCCCGGCGGGCCAGUCCGACCCUUGCUGGCGCUCCCCCUGCCUGACUGUUCCUCCCCUCAUGCGUUAAAUGUAUGUACACUCGGGGAGGAUGUCGGGUGGCGGGAGCCCCGGUGGGCCCUGCACCCCCCAGUCCGACCCUGACUGGAAGUGUGAAUUGUUGUGAAACCGCCGGGGUAAGUAUGUCAAAGCAGCAUUGUAAGUUGCUGGCAAGCAGUGUUGCAGGCCUCUUCCUCUGUUCGGGGAUGGUUUUUCCAGUCUUUCACACAGGGGCGCGGCUGUGAUGAGGCGAGUUGAGCAACUCACCUCAGGCGGCAGUGCCCAGCAAGUUACCUGGAGCGGCAAAAAAUACGCGCUUGGUAAUUUAAAUAGCCCUCCUUAAAGAGAGACUCCUGUCAUGUAGAAAUCGCUAUUGCGCUAUGUUGGGCCAUUCCAUUACAGAGAGGUAGUUUUGUCUCCCCAAUGUAAAAGUCUGGGCACUCUUCACUACAAUGACCAGCACAGACCACAUUACUUUUCAUGUGUUUUGGUGUUGGGUCUUUAGGGUGCACCAGCUUCUGUCUCAGAAUGUUGCUGGGUUUGAAAAAUACAGUAAUGUGAUGUUUGUUGAAAAUUCUGAUGUUUUUCUGAUGUUAUAUGGGAUGAGUAUGUUGCUUCACCUGCUAUGUUCCUGCUCCUUUCACAACAAUUCACACUUCCAUGUACAUUAAAGAUUAACACCUGCUUUAAUCAGAAUCAUGGUACCAUUGUGACCAGGGGUGGAUUUUCAGUAAGACUUGGGGAGGCUAUCCCCAAACCUCUUUGUCCAAAAAAUUAACCCACCAAAAAAAUCAAAGUUAAAAAAAAGUUACAAAUCCUAGGACUAACCAGUUUGCAUACUCCUGCUUGUUCUUUAGGGAGGCGGGGUGGUGCUGCUCACUACUAGUAUCUAUAGAAAAAAAACGGUAGCUUACAGUGAUUCCAGUGAUGUCAUUGUGAGAUUUUCUACGAUUUGGAAGGCAAAGCUGCAGAGCCGGUCUGUGCGCCAAGCACUGUUAUCCUUAGCGGCCUAUAAAAUAAAUAUGCUAUUCCUUCUUACUGGAAUGCUUGCCUAUAUUUUUACUCUGUACAACUAGGUUGAACUGAAUAAGCUGUUCAGAUGAAUGGUUAAAUACCCCUUUUCCCCCAGCACAUUCAAUUUAAACAGUAAUGGACAAAGACACUUCAUGUGUGAAGUGACUUACAUAUUUUGUGAAUGCCUGAUUUUUUACAGUACCUUUAAACCAUCUUAAACAUGGCCAUACAAAAUACUUUAUUGCACUUUCAUCUAGGCACUGGUCUGAUGGUACUUUUGGAGUGAGGAAGGCAUUUUCUCCCAUCUAAGGCUACAGUCAUUUCACCUUAUCUGGUUCAAAUGAGAGAGCAGUUUUUUUUUUUUACUUAGACAAUAUGUUUAUAUUGAUGGUUGGAUGCAUGUAUUUUUUAACUUCAUCAAAUAUUAUACUGUGUGAUUUUGAAACUGCAGUUAAAAGGCAGCUACUGUUUUUUUUUGUUUUUUUUUGCAAGAGGACCACAAUAUAUCUGCACUAUUUAUAAUGUAAGAGCUCCCAUAUAUAACAUUUUAUUUAAUACGAGAUUGCUAUGCAUAUUGUUUUCAAAAUAGUUUAUGCUUUGUCCAUGUCGAGUUAAAAAAAAAAACAACAAUUCAGUAUUUAAGCAUUUAGAUGGGCCCCUCAGUUGUUAGCUCUUAUAUGUAUAAGGUGAAUUACAACUUUUGUCAAUGUUACAUAAUGUAGGACUGAAUCAGCUGUUUCUCCGCCAGUGUACAAUUGCAACAAAGACUGUUCAUGUGACAUUAGACUUAAGGUGGCCAUACAUGGUAAUAUCUGCUCGCUUCUCCCGAUAUCCCCACCUGCGAGUGGGCGAUAUCAAACUAAUUCAGUCGUUUGGCCCUGAGGCCAAACAAUUGAAUUAGAAUGGGGGGUAUAGGUGCUGUUGGUUUGGGGACCACAUCAACGAGCUGAUGGGGUCCCGGAUCCAAAGGAAAAUUCAAACCUGCCUGAUAGAGAUCUGCUUGAUUUCAUGCCAGAUGUCAGUCGGGCAGGUCCGUCAUUCAUUUCCAUACGCAGGCCAAUAAGCUGCCGAAUCUGUCAAUAGGACUGAUUUUGGCAGCUAGAAUCAGUCCGUGUAUGGCAACCUUUAGGUUACCCAAACAAAAAAAUCACCCUCCACCUAUGAUUGUGACUGGGUCAUACUUUUCAGCCAACACCUAAUUGAAUAACUUCAAUAGAACCAUUGUGACUGAAUGUCUGUGACUGUAUUAUCCUCAAGGGUUUAAAUGCCAGGGAAUUCCCUACCACUCAUAUGUACUGAAAGAAGCCACUGGGAUGAGUGGUGAAAUGUUUUCAAAAACAUUUAGAAAAGUCCAGUUGUUUUAGACUUAAUUCUGUUAGAUACUGUAUCCUAUUUUAGCAGAAUAAUGUAGUUAUAACCCUUUGUGAAUAUUCCAAUCCAAUGAUACUAUACCAGAUUAGAGGGAAUGUAGGAUUAGAAUUCAGGCUGUUAGCCUGAACUAAGUUCUUUAGGUGCUUGCUAGUUUAUACCAUCAGGCACCAGAUUAAUUAUGUAUUAGGUCAUGUGCUAAAAAUCAUUAAGCACUGUUGCCAUUUAAGUGUUCCCUGUAAAUAAAAUAUUUUGAGUAGAUCUGUA